AUGCAGACCGGGCUGGGGGCCCGCGGGCAGCGCAUUGGUGGCAGUGGAUCAAGCCGUCAUCGAGCGAGGCCGUUUGGCAGCACGCCUUGCCGGGGUCCCGCAGCGCGAUGGCAGGUGCGGGCGAGCAGCGACCCCGACAAGGAGCCGGACGCCAAGGAUCUACGCGACAAAUUUUUUAAGCAAUCUGAGUCCCAGCGGUCGCGGUCACAGUCGCCCAGCAGCAGCGGAGGGGACCAGCAGGGCAGCAACAUUUUAGACAGCGUCAAUCCCUACCAGCUCGGACGCCAGGCGCGCCAGGCAGUGAACGACUUGUGGGGUCAGCUGAGUGCGGUCACAGCGCCAACGAAGAGCUUCUCGUUUGACGAUGUGCUCGACCUCGGUCUGGACGCCGACGCGCCGUCUUCGGCGACGAGCACCCGCGUGCUUGUCGUCGGCGCGACUGGCCGCGUCGGCCGCAUCCUCUCCCGCAAGCUCCUGCUGCGCGGCUACAAGGUCCGUGCGCUUGUCCGCCGGCGCGAGGGCAUGCGUGAGGGCGCGGAGGGCGUGCCGGACGCCGUCGAGGUGGUCAGCGGCGAUGUGGGCGAGAUGAAGGAUGUGCAGCGGGCAGUGCGCGGGGUCGACAAGAUCAUCUUUGUGGCCGGCGCGCGCUCCAUCUUCACGGGCGACCUGCUGCGCGUGGACGACCGCGGCGUUAUGAACGUGGUCAAGGCGCUGCAGGACGAGCGCAACCGCACGGCGCGCUCCCGCAGCGCGGCCGCGAACCCCGGCGCCAAGAAGCCCUUCAACUCGAACGCCAAGAAGGAGGUCGCAGACUUCAACAAGCUCUACCACCAGCUGCGGUGGGACGUGCAGUUUGUCGGCAGCCAGAGCGAGGACGGCUCGAUGGGGCGCGACUUUGAGCGCGCCAACCUGGCCACGGCCGAGAUCACCUCGGACAACAACCUGCUGUUCGAGGGCGCCCUGUUCACGCGCAACGCCAUCGCCGAGGUGGGCGCCAAGCUGAACCCGAAGCUGCCCGGCGGCGAGGACCGCUUCGGCGGCUGCGAGGCGCUGACGAUGCGCGUCAAGGGCGAGGGCCACACCUACGCGUGCGUGCUGACCACCAGCGGCGGCGGGCGCUACGUCGCGCGGUUCCCCAGCAGGGUGCGGUACAGCACGGUGCGGCUGCCGUUCAGCCUGUUCCGGCCGGAGCAGGACGGGCAGCCGCCGCUCGACCCCGAGCAGAUCGAGCGCGUCGGCAUCAGGUACGAGCUGCGCCGCGCGGCAGCGUCGGGGUCGGGCCUGCGCGACGCGGCUGCCGCGGCCAAGGCUGCGGCUGACCAGCAGCGGCUGAACAAGUUCAAGCUGGAGAUUGACUGGAUCAAGGCGCUGCCAGGUGGUGUUGAGCCGGACGUGGUGCUGCUCUCCUGCUCCGGGGCCCCCCGCCCCGACAUCGACGCCGCAGACCUGCAGAAGCUGGUGGCCGCCAAGCGGCGCGGCGAGGAGCACCUGCGCGCGUCGGGGCUCGGCUACACCAUUAUCCGGCCGGGGCCGCUGGUGGACGAGCCGGGCGGCUACAAGGCCCUCCUGUUUGACCAGGGCGACCGUGUGACCCAGCCCGUGUCUGCGGCAGACGUCGCGGACAUCUGCCUGCGCGCGCUGCACGAGCCCGAGGCGCGCAACAAGUCGUUCGACGUGUGCUACGAGUACACCCCCGACGAGGGGCUGCAGCUCUACGAGCUCGUGGCGAGCAUCCCCGGGCAGAACACCAACUACCUCGCGCCCGCGCUGGGGCCGCUGGCCAAGAACACGUGA